AUGACUGGGGCAAAAAUGGUUCUCGAAGACAUACCUCUCGCUCAUGACAGUGAAGUUACACAGCCCCAGCUGUCAAGACCCGGCGUCGUGCGAAAGAAGUUCGCGAAGCCGCCCGUCAAAGUAGCUUGUUUGACUUGUUCUUCAUUUGUCUUCUAUCUUAUCUUCCCUUCUUUUGGGGGGGAGGGGCGGUUGCGCUGUUUCCGUUCAUCCACCCCGAAACCACUCCGAAGCCACCGGAUGCCAUACCGGACUUCUCCCCAUCCGCGCAUCCAAAUCGCUCAUGCUGAUACGAUCGCAUUCAUCAAGUGCCUUAGUAAGAAGAAGAAAUGCUCGUAUCUACCGAGUAAGCGCGGUGGCCCAAGAAAGAAAAAGAAGGCUUCGUUUUCCCCAGAAGGUGGGACUCGACAGGAUGAGAUCCAAACCCCAGCGAUCGUGUCGGCCUCGUCGAGUUUUGAUGAAUCAUCCGGGAUGUUUGGUCAGAUCGAUGUGCUUUCAAUGCCUGGAGCCGGGUUGAGAAGCUUAGAUUUUUCCUCGGAUGUUCACUCCAUGUUCGCCAAUUUCUUUGUCCAGAAUGAUGGAAGUUGUGCCCAUGUUCAGAUGGGACCGACUCCGUCGCCCUCAAACGUGUCCUCAAAUGCCUGGGUGAGGACGUACGCAAGUGAAUCCGAGAUACUGAACGCCUACUAUACUUUCGUCCACCUCUAUUUCCCCCUCCUACCACCCCGAGAAACCCUGCCUGGUCCGGACAGGCCCGUGGAGUGCGUCGGCUCUUACUCUGAAUCACCCUCAGAAGAGCCGAUCCUGGUUUAUCGGCCAUGCUCACCGUUGAGUCUGGCUAUCUCGGCCAUCUUGGCCCUCGUGCCUCAUCCACAGGAUCCCGACCCGUCAUCCCCUGUUUCAGUGACCCGACGCCGGACGUACGCCCAUGCAUUUGCUCAACUGGCCACGGCCAAGGUCGAAUCCGAUUGUGAGCUGCAGGAUUCGUCGACAGACCCAGCUCAAGCAUUAUCGAACGACCGACCCCAGAUCGGCCGAGAUGCUUUUCACCCUCGGACGCCCGUGAUACUAGAGGCGGUCCUGGCAUUGCUGAUCCUGUCGAUAUACGAAUACACCCAACGCGGAAAUCUCCUCAAAAUGAGGUACCGCUCGGGUCAGGCAUUAGCGAUAGCCUUGGACAUGAAUCUCCAUGCUUUAGGCGAAGAGCAUGAUGACUUUGCGGAAGCCCGACGAAGAGCUUGGUGGAUGACGUACUACUGCGUUCUUCAAGGCUCUAUCGUCAGUACCACGCCACUCGCCAUCAUUGCGAAUGACCCUCAAUUUGUCACACCGUACCCUCGGUUUUCGACAGACCCGGACGGCUGGUCCAUCCUAAUGCAAGCUCAGCAAGUAUUAGUGUCGGCGACGCAAUUCGUCAUCGACUUGAACAAGUGCAUUGGAACUAGGACGAAUAUGCAUUUCAUAUAUGAACGAAUGCGGCAGCUCGACUCCUGGGCUAGUACCGCAUUAGCGCAGUCCAACUUACUUCCUAUAGCACCCCAGCCUGUCAACUGUGGUGACGAGAUGGAAUUCACCACGGCCCAAAGUAUCCGCGCCAUCUCUCGGAUCAAAAUAUGCAGUUCACAGAUCAAGAUCCACCGGUUCAGGGCAUUUUCCGACAUCCCCAUAUUUAUUAAGAAGCAUUGCGAUCUUACCGCGGCCAAUGCCAAUAAUAAUGCGGCGCCUGCCAAGACCACAAAGGCCUGCAAGGCGGAAGAGGGGAUUUCAACCAUCUCCUGCCCGUGCAGCAGCCUAGACUCGUUUCAGGCAUCUUCGUCUAGCGAGAAUUCAGCAUCAUCGAACUCCUCCUCAUCCUCUGACUACCAACCAGUCUCGCAAUAUUCCUUCUCCAGCGGAUUCCCCUUCACCAGCCAAUAUUCCGCCAGAGUCUGCCUCAAAGCUUCGAUCUUGCUUUCCCGCAUGUUCCAAAGCCUUCCUUUCCCACAGCCCGUCUACGACGGACACGAGGACCAACAAGGAUCGCAGCAGAUCCUCCCGGCAGGCCAGCCACCUCGCACAAUGCCCUCAUUCGCAUGCUGCCUGAUGCAAGGAAGCUAUGCGAUGCUGAUGGUCUUCUACAAGGCCCGCGUCGAGAGACAAUUGUCUCCCCCGGAGCUCACGACCAGCAACUCUAGCAGUCCAUCAGAGCGACUCCUCAAGGAGCUUCGGCAAGGAUUACAGCGGAUCAUCGCUAGCGUUUCAAAUUAUGCAAUUGCAUUCGAGGCGUUGGAUGGCAUGAGAGACGAAAUUGAAGGUGCAUAUCAUACGGCGUUUUAUCAAGCGUAG